AUGUCCUCGGCUUUAGCACAAUUCCUGGUCUCUAUUGCGGAACGUCUAUUCGAGGAAUCGCUUGGCCGGCCAACAACCAUCAAAUCUGUUGCAAAACCCAAGGCGGAACUACCACUAACAGGCAUUACAACCACCGAAUCAGCAGUGAAACCUACACCGGAAGAUAAACAGAUCCAUGUGGACAGCUCUGAACAGCAGAAUUCGACAGAUUCGGUACCUGCCGCCAAUCGUUCGCCUCCUUCUCCCUCCACUAGCACCAAUCGGGUCCCAACAACACCAAGAUUUGAAUUGCCAACACGUCAAACUCCAUCUGAGUCGGCAGCUUCCAGCUCUCCAUCAGUUUAUGACCAACCCGUGGAAAAUGCCAGUAGCGCAAAUAAAGAAAACAACAAUCUCAAGAACCAUCGGGUUGUCAUGAUGACUUCUGUGGGCACAUCGCCUACACAUCCACGAAGAGGCAAUCCCCUGUUUGGUGAUGCAGUUAAAAUUCCGACGGAUCCACCGGACAAUUUAGAUUGGUGUCGCUGGCCGGUUUGCAUGUCCUACUAUCUGCACAAAACAUGUCCCUUUGGUGAGGCAUCCUGUCCGGAUGCUCAUGCCUCGUCCGACUUUGAUAAUGUGAUCAACGAGAAAGGUCUGGUUCGGGUCUGUUUUGAUGCUCUAGGAGUUAGUGGAGUAAGUAAUUUUCCAAUGUAUAUAAAGUGA